AAAAAAAAAAAGGAUGAAAAAGACGAUCGAAAAUCGGGAAAUGGAUGGAGCUCCAAGACGUCGGCUUGGACCAAUGCCCACUCAACAAUUGACUCUCUAUCGAUUGUUGGGAACCGGUGAAGCGCGACACCGCCCUGAGCUGGAGCCUUUUCAGACGCCGCCGCCUAGUGCAAUCUGGCCUCGCCGCCCACCGCAGCAGACGCUGCCAAAACCACUGCGCCGUCGCAGGAGCAUGCCGACGCCCCAAGCACUCCAAGCACCAUGAAGGUCGCCGCCCUCCGCCCGCCGUCACUGGGCCGCCUCGGGGCCCGCCCCCGGCCGCGCCUCGAGUGGACAUGCGCCGCCUGUCGGAGCAGCCAGUCCGCCGGCCCCGGCCCCGGCAGGCGAGCCCUGCAUACCGCGGUCGUGAGCCCGGCCGCUCCCACUGUCCGGUCUUAUUACGUCACCGCCGCCUCGUCCCUUUCGUCCUCGAAGCGCUCCUUCUCCUCGUCCCCGUCGGGCCCCGGGCCCAGCCGCUCUUCCCACCACCACCAGCAACAACAAGGGGAAGGCCCGCGCCAAAGAUCGCGGCGUGGAGAGGUGCUCCUGGCAACCACGGGCGGUGCCGCCAGCGUGGGGCUCCUGGCCUUCACCGACGACAUCAAGCAGAGCUACGAGGUCGCCGAGCGCUGCGCCAGGGUUGCUGUGGCGCUCUACACCAACAUUCAAGACUACCGCUCGACCCUGAAGCCCCGCGAGGAGAUACAAGACCACGACGAGUACAACAAAGAGCUAGGUGCUUGCCACAAGCGAUGCGCCGUCCGCACGCUCAGGGUCUUGGAGAAGAAUGGAGGCAUAUUCAUCAAGCUCGGGCAGCAUCUGAGCGCCAUGAACUACCUCCUACCUACCGAGUGGACCGAGACGUUCAUCCCUCUACAGGACAAGUGUCCCGUUUCGUCCUUCGAGUCUAUCCAAGAAAUGUUUCGGGCAGACACGGGUCAGGAGCUGUGGGAUCACUUCUCCGAGUUCAGCCCGGAACCCAUCGGAGCCGCCUCGCUGGCGCAGGUCCACCUGGCCACACUCAAAGACAGCGGCCGACGCGUGGCCGUCAAGGUGCAGCACCCGGAGCUGGCGCAAUGGACGCAGCUAGAUCUGGCCCUGACCCGUUAUAGCUUUGACACGCUCAAGAAGUUCUUUCCCGAGUACGACUUGAGCUGGCUUUCCAAGGAGAUGGACCUGUCGCUACCCCAGGAGCUCGACUUUACCCAGGAGGCCCUCAACGCUGACCGAGCGCGUGAGCACUUUGCGCGCGUGGCGCGUCUGCCCCUCAUCAUCCCCGAGGUUGUUUCCGCCCGGCAACGAAUUCUCGUCAUGGCCAACGAGUCGGGCCACCGGCUAGACGACCUCGAGUACAUCGAUUCGGAAGGCAUCGACCGUGACGAAGUUUCGGCCACGCUGGCGCACCUUUUCAACGAGAUGAUCUUUGGAGACGGUGCCCCGCUGCACUGCGAUCCGCACGGCGGCAACAUCGCCAUUCGCAAACGCGAGGGCGGCUCCCGCCUGGGUCUCCGGCGCUUGCUUGGUCUAGGAGGCAGCAGGCGCAACUUUGAGAUCAUUCUUUAUGACCACGGUCUCUACCGGGACAUACCUGUCGAUAUCAGGCGCUCUUACGCCAAGAUGUGGCUGGCCGUGGUCGAGGGCGAUAUGGCGGGGAUGCGCAAGUGGGCAGGCGAGAUCGCGGGCGUGACCGACGAAACCUUCCCGCUCUUCGCCUCGGCCAUCACGGGCCGCGACUUUGGAAUCCUCUCGGCCGCAGCCUCGCCGAGCUCCUCGGACGCGGGAGGCGUCAUGGCGCCGCGGUCCCUCGACGAGAAGCAGACGAUGAGCGGGGCGCUGCAGGACGGGAUGCUGGCGGACCUGGUACAGCUCCUAGGGCGCAUCCCACGCGUGAUCCUCCUCAUCCUCAAGACCAACGACCUGACGCGCAGCCUGGACGAGAACCUGCAGACCCGGCAGGGGCCGGUCCGGUCGUUCCUCAUCCUGGCCCGGUACUGCAUGCGCACCGUUUUCCACGAGCGGCUCGAGGCCGUUCGCGAGAGGGGGUCUCUGUUCUGGCCGCCCAACACCAUCCGCCUCCUGGCCGCCUGGGUCGACUUCCUCAAGGUUGAGCUCAAGCUGGAGGCUUUUGAGCUAUGGCUGUCGGUCAAGAGGACCGCUGGUCCGUGGUUACGUGGCCCUGUCGCGAUUGCUGCCUAGCUGUGUUUUUUUUUUCAUUUUUUUUUUCAAAAAGAGACAGAUAUUCUGUUUUAGAUGGUUUAUAAUUAUAGAAGGGAGCCGUAACGCUUUACCCAAGGCCGACAGAAGCUAAUUCGUGCAGAUUCAAAGUUGGCAAUACUCCUCCGUGGUCUACUAUCUCUAAAACCAGUCCGUCGAUGGAGUAAUUGGGAGUUCUUUCGUAAACA